GAGUUCAAAGAUGUUGUCAUGGCAUAUGGUCAAAGUGACGAAUACAGUUUCAUCUUCAAGAAAAAUACCAAAAUGUUCAACAGAAGAGCUAGUAAACUUAUGACGAACCUUGUGAGUCAGUUUUCAUCAUCCUUCGUCUUUCACUGGGCACGAUUCUUCAACAAGCAGCCUCUCCAAUACCCACCAGUGUUUGAUGGGCGAGUUGUCCUUUACCCUUCAGACAAGAAUCUCAAAGACUACCUCAGCUGGAGACAGGCCGACUGUCACAUCAACAACUUAUAUAACACAUGUUUCUGGAAGUUAGUCCAGGAGAAAGGUCUGUCACCGGCCCAGUCACAGGAACGCCUCAAAGGAACACUUUCCAGUGAUAAAAAUGAACUGUUAUUCUCUGACUUUGGGCUUAACUACAACAGUCUCCCAGAGCUGUAUAGAAAAGGAUCAGUAUUAUUGAGAAUGAAG